AUGCGAGUCGCAGUUGUGAAUGGUUUCUGGUCGCGUACGGAAUGGUUCCCGCGGUUUUGUUAUCAAACACAAUGGCGCCAGCCGCCCAGCUGGACGAGAUCUUGCUUACGCCUAAUCUUGUCUGGUGUGUCGCGAAGUUUGUGUUAGACGCCUAUUCGAACAUCUGAUCCGACGAUUGGCGCACGCGAAGCAAAAAGUGUUCUGUUUCGUUUUGCAAACAAACAAUAAACAUACUUUAGCCAACACCAGCACUGCUGCUGAUACGAACAUCCGGAUCGAACAGACUGAUGGUUGGUCUGUAAUGCAGUUAGUGCUCCCUUUUGAAGUUGACGAUCCAAGAAGCGAAAGCAUGUGCGUGGAUCGUUGAUAAAAAGCAUACAGAGCAUAUAGAUACUGGCAUUCAACGGAUUACGGAUUGUUGUGCGUUGUUCUUCUAGAAUUGUAAAAUUCAAUAUUCGUAAAUACAAACGAAGAAUAAUCAAAAAAUGGCGCUAGACAAACGGGUUCGAUAUACAGAAAAUGGCGACAACGUGGCCUACUACCACGCGUACAAAUAUAACUCCUUGCAGCGGCUAAACAAGUCUAAAAGCAUGCACGGUGUAAAGCGCGUGAUUGCAUUCUGCAUCCUUACCGCCAUUCUACCGGCUGCACUCAUCAUACUUCCGCUUUACCUAAGGCACACCGUGUUCGCCGAUGUCGUGUACCCGAUCGCGGAGUCGGAUAUUAUCGAAAUCCGUGACGGCAUUUCGUCAGUGUUCUGCCAGAAGCACACGCUGCAGAUGAACAGCACCUUUAAUGCGUUCCAGCUGGAGCACGAGCCAGAAAUCUCGAAGAACCGGAAGCACAUUCGGCUGAAAAAAUCAAUGUCAUUGCCGGAUGAUACGCUCGAGUACUGGGGAUUCUAUCUGUUGAAAGGUGCUACGGUGGCGCUCAAGAUCUGCUCUCGGUACGAUGGUUCGCGCAUUCUGGUGGUAAAAGGUGAACGGAACCUGCGCACCUGCGGGUUGCUCGAGCACAACAAAGACAAGAUCGAUAACUACCUCAACAAGGAGCACGGCCAGGUGCUGGUCACCUAUGAGUCGGCGGCCGAAUUUAUUGAUUCACGAGAGAAGAAGGAUCCUCCCGAUCUACCGGCGGAUGGAAAUCAUGGUGGAGAAGAUCUUACGGAGGAAUCACCCGGAGGAUCGAUUUCUCUGCUGCCAGGGGUACCGAUCAAAAAGGAAGCUUCUCAAGCUUCACAUGCGGCUAGCAUAGAGAAGCCUAUAACUUCCACUAAUGCUAAAGAUGCCGGAGGGUACAGGCAUCAUUCUACAACCAAACGCAUAGGACGGCCGGUAUCGGUUACAACCAAAACCGUGCAACCAUCGGUCACCACGUCAACGACAACCACCACGACGACAGAAAUUCCGUCUAGCACGACGGAAAAUUUGGUGAAAAAGUACCGCAACUUCCGAGCCACCGAAGCCGGACCGGCCGAAGAUGAGGUGUCAGUAGAGAGUGGCAUCCAUCGGAGGCGUCACGCACACAACAAAACGGGGCACCGCCUGCGACAGGCCGAGGUUGAUCAUGAUGGAGAAGAGAUUGUUCAGCCGGACAGUGUCGAACCAGCGGAACAGCCGCACCAGCAGGGGCACCGAAAGAGGCGCGAUCUGGUAUACGAUCGGCGCAUCAAUCACGGCGGUACGGCAAUGAACUUCUCAAACAACACCUCCGACUCGGUGUCCAGUUUCGAGAACAGUUUGCUUUCGUGCUACGAUGGUGACAUCCUUCUGGCGCACAGCUUCUCGCCCAGCACGUCCUGCGAGAGUGUGAAGUUUCUUGAAACUGGUUCGCACGUAGUCACCAAGCACGAGGUCGUUUCGGAUGGGUAUUAUUACUACAUUUUCUACAGUGAUAACGAUCACGUCAAGAACGACAUCCAUGCGAUGUUCGACAUCUACAAACCGACGUUCCAGUACUCAAACCUGUCCGAUUCGAAGGCCUGCAUCAAUGGGACGCAUUGCUCUUUUCCGAUCAAGUUCUGGUCGAACGAGCGGGUGAUCGUGGAAGUGCCGACACGCGACGGUAUCGAGCAUGAGGAAGACGACGUCACGCUGCUCGUAUCCACGUGCCAUCCACGGAUGGCAAUCUACAUAAUCUUUCCCGUCAGUGUGCUCAUACUAGUGCUCACCUGCGCUUUCCUCUAAAGUGCAGCGCUUUACAGCAAUGGUUACCGGUAAAUUAUGCGCAUUGGUAAUUGUUGGUGUGAAGUGCGAUGGGAGGAACGUUUUAAUUUACAACUUUAAGCUCUAGUGCCAUACUACGGGAGGGCGGCUAAUGUGCCAAUACAGACAGAGGGAAAGGCAAGCGGGUAGCUGUGGAAUCCAUGCACCAUAUCAUAUAUAUUAUAGGAGGCAAUAGGCCAAUGAUAUCCUGAUCGGUGCUAUUUUUGUUACCAUACAGUGACUACUCUUCAUGGCCUACUGCAUUUUGGAUAUCAAAAAAAAAUCUCGUACCGCAUAACCGUUCCGUAGAUAUGAAUGAGGCACAAUUAUGUUUUUAUCUUUUUUUUUAUACCACAAUUUAAUACGUGCAAUAUGAGAUAAUUUUCCAAAGAAUCUUUAAAAUGAACCCGCCAAUAAGCAAAUGUACAAGUUUAGUUAAGCGAGUUUACGUGGUAUUUUCUCUUCACUGUCACCUGAAGCGAUCAUUGGCAUCGGUUGUGUCGAUCCACUAGUUGGUGUAGGCAUAAUUGCAGAUCUAACGAAAUUGUAACUCAUUUAGUAUCACAGUCAAAUUCACCACGGGACGUUUGGCAGCUUUUGACACUAGGUAAACCUUGCUCACAAAAUUUUGUGCAACUACUACUAAGAAGUAAGGUUGUUUUUAACAGCUUUGCAGCAUUUUUAUGAUCCUUCUGUCCCAUGCGAAUUACGCCUAAGAUGAACUUUUUCCAUUCUAUAGUAUAGUUUGAUGGUUGUGAUUAAAAAAAGAGGAGAAUCCCUGCCGCUUGCUCACUUUCAACAAGAUUUUAUUUAAUACCGUUUGCGUGUCGCAUGGUUUUAUUUUAAAAUUACGUAGCAAUUCAUAAAAUGUAAUAAGAAGACAUUAAAAUAAGGGGUAGUAUCGGAAGCUAAGCGAGUUCGAAUCGCCAAACAUUGCCUCAUUCAAAAAGUUCAACUCAUUACUACAGAUUGAUUGAAAAUGGUGUACAUUUUGGGUAAUAGGUUAUCCGGUACAGAAGUUGUUUAAAUGUAACCAUUUUUAAAUUGUGAUAUACCCACAAACCUGAAGCAAAUGUAUAAAACAUCCCGCCCACCCACCCGCACACACGAUUACUUGUUACGAGGUCAGUCAUUUAGGGUUAGCAAGAGAUAUACUUUUACAUCUUAGCAAACGCAGGCAACACUCGGUCUUCUUAAGUUAAGUUUCGUUGUGCGUUACAAAUGCGCGUAAGACGACGACAGAAGUGCAACGAGAAGGUAUAUACUGUUGAAUUAUUAGUGCAGGGAAUCGCAAAUAUAAGGCUAUUUUUACUUACCAUUACCAUUA